GGGUGGGCAGCGCUUCCGGCCGAGCGCGCAGCGCCCCCCUAGGUGCUGCCAUCCCCCCGGCCAUGGACGAGGUCACCUUCAGAAGUGACACAGUGCUGUCGGACGUGCAUCUAUAUACCCCCAACCACAGGCACCUCAUGGUGCGUCUGAACGGCGAGGGGCAGCCGGUCUUCCUGUCCCAGUUCAAGCUUCUGUGGAGCCAGGCCCCCGGCGCAGACGCAGGGGGUCGCGCGGAGCAACCCCCUCCCGCCAGAGCACCCCUCGACAGCACCAGCAGCAGCGGGGGGUCCUCCCCCCACGCCGGGGCGGAUACUUCCGGCCAGGAGAGGCCAGAAGCACAGCUGGACGAGGAUGGGGAUUUGGAUGUGGUGAGAAGACCCCGGGCGGCCUCGGACCCUGACCCCACGGCGCUUCCUCGGGUCAAGGUGCACCCCACCAUCCUCUGGCAGGACGGAGACAGCGCCCAGGGAGAGGAGCCCCCGGACAGCAGCCCGCAGGGCUUCAUCCGGAUCGAGCACACCAUGGCCACGCCCCUGGAGGAUGUGGGCAAGCAGGUGUGGCGUGGGGCCCUGCUCCUGGCCGACUACAUCCUGUCCCAGCAGCACGUCUUCCGGGGCUGCACGGUCCUGGAGCUGGGCGCCGGCACGGGGCUGGUCAGCAUCGUGGCGGCCACCGUGGCCAGCACUGUCUACUGCACAGACGUCGGGGCCGACCUCCUGGCCAUGUGCCAGCGGAACAUCAGCCUCAACAGCCACCUGACGGGCCCCACAGGCGGCGUGGUCAAGGUCCGCUCACUGGACUGGCUGGAGGAUGACCUCUGUACAGACCCCUCGGUCCCCUUCAGCUGGUCGGAGGAGGACGUCUCCGACCUGUGCCGGCACACCACCAUCCUGCUGGCGGCCGAAGUGUUCUAUGACGAUGAGCUGACCGAUGCGCUCUUCCGCACGCUGGCCCGCCUGGCUGGACGCCUGGCCCACGCCUGCACGGCCAUCCUGUCCGUGGAGAAGAGGCUGAACUUCACGCUGAAGCACCUGGACGUGACAUGCGAGGCCUACGACCACUUCCGCGCGGCGCUGCGGCAGCUGGAGGAGUGUGCCCACGGCCGCCUGCGCUUCGAGGUGCAGCCGCUGGACACGUCCUUCCCGCAGCGCUUGGCCUACGAACGGAUCCGGCAGCUGGAGCUCUGGAAAAUCUGCGUGGAACCCAUCACGUGACCCUGGUGGCGCCCACCCCGGGCGCGUGUUUCUAAUAAAGUCAGAAGCCC